CCAGCGACGGCCCCUCCAUCCCUCUAUGUUCCUUUCUCCAUGGGCAAAAACCUUGCGAGGGAGUGGGUCAGUGGCUACGGCUGACAGGCACCUGCUAAACCAAUCUGGAUGAUAGGCCCCCGGAGUUUGGUGGUUGCUAUGGCGACAAGCUCUGUCCAGCCUGAGGUCUCUGCAGUGAGCUCUUUGGACAAGAGACUGUCUUCCUAUGCACUGGGACAGCCCAUGGUGCUUCUUCAGUGCUACUGUAAUAAUUGAUGCCCAAGAAAUUAGUGAAAUCGUCAAGAGCCAGAAGGACUUGGGGGUUAAGUUUGAACAGCUCAUGUCAGCAAGGUCAGAGAACAGGCCAACAGUUCCCUCCGAGUCACUGAAGUUCACAGAACUGGAGCAGCAGCUGCAGGAGACAAGUGGAGAUCUAAAAAGGGCCAAUCAUCUUUUUAGUAGGGCUGCAAAACAGAGUGCUGUGUCCUCCGAUAACCUCAGAAAAGUUCAAGCUGAUAGGCAGCAUGCGAGCGAUGUGAUUGCAGAAACUUUGCAGGAAAUGCAGACUUCAGGAACGUUUCAGAGCCUGCUGCAAGCUGUGCAGAGAGAGGAGGAAAGGAAGUCUAACUUCCACACCACCAUCAUCAGGGAGGAGGAAGGAAGGAAGGAGAUAAAGUCCCUCCAGAAACGGCUGCAAGAUGUCAAGAAAGAAAAGGAAUUAGAACUUCAGAACCGGAAUGAGAUGAUUGCAUACCUCAAAGACCAGCUUCAAGAGAUGAAGGCCAAGACAGACAUGGAGAGCCGCUAUGUGAAGAAAGACACAGAGCUCCAGGUCUACCAGACCCAGAAAAAGUGCAGCAACGCAGAGAGUGACCUGUUCAAUGAAAUUGAGAAGCUGAGGAUCAAAACUGAUGAGGAGAUUAGAGUGCACGUGGAGAUUGAAAAUUUCCUCAGGCAACAACAGAUGAAGUUGGAAGAGAAGCUAGAAUACUGGAUGGAGAAGUAUGAAAAGGACAUGGAAUCUAAACAGCAAGAACUGAACACUCUAAAAGCAUCCAAGGCAAAUGAUUUAGCAGCACUGCAGGAACUAGCCAAGCAGUGCCGGUUAUUUGAACAAGCCAUCAUGGAGGAUCGGGUGGAAAAGGAGGCAGCGAGAAGAAAGGUGGAGCAGGAUGCGCUGGAAUUAAAGAGCGUCAAGAAGCUCCAGGCCUGGUGGAGAGGCACAAUGGUUCGCCAUAACAUCGGCCCCUAUAAGGCCCUGAAGAAGUCUAAAGAGGACGAGCCAAAGGGCAAAGACAAAGGGAAAAAGGAAAAAGCUGGAGCUAAGAAAAGGAAGUGAUGGCCACAGACUCCUGCUCUCAUUAGACCCACAGGGCCCUGGAAGUUUGGGCUCUCGCCAGGGAGGAACGCUGGCUUGUGUGCACAGAGUAAGAAAUAAAGUCCUCAGCAGAGUUCAGGGCCAGGGCUCUGGGCCAGGCUGGAGUUCAUUUUCUUGA